AGUUAAGAAACCGGUGAGUGUUUAAUGCAUUUGACUGUAUUUCUAAUCGAUUUGAUUUACGUUUAGCACUAUUAUUUACAGUGCUUUAUGACGUUUGCAGGGUGUGAAAAAAAUUGAGGAUAUUAUAUAUCUACUUCAGGACCUUGAAGCAUGACGAGUGACACAUCUCUGGUGAUUGGAUUGGCAAUUCUUGGCAUUCUAUUCCUUGCCGUGGUAAUUUUAGGCAGUAUAAUAAUUUUCUGGAUCUAUGGGAAACUACGUCAACACGAAAAGGAUAUCCGGUGGCUGCAAGACCUUGAAAAGGGAAAAACUACGUACAAAAAGACAGUACGUAUGACAGACAGUGCAAUAGAAAUUAAUGACGUUGACUUACAAAUGACAAACGACAGACGACGUCCGCUGAGUCAAGCGUCUGAGAUUUCAAACCGGAGUUGUGUACGAGCAAGGAUGACUAUAGCGAUACAAAAGGAAGAGGCUAAUAUUUAUGGAAAUGCACCACCUUUAGGACAGGUUCUUAUGACGGCUCAGCAUUAUUAUAAAGUAAAAACUAACACUAGCACUGAUGUUCCCGUAGAAAGUGUGAAAGUAGUCAAUAAAGAGACAAAUAAACGAUCUGCCGUAAGCAGGGUGCUAACUGAAGACUGGAAGGAAGGCGUACCAACAUCACUUCUGUUCAGUGGCAGCACGCAGAGCUUUGAUGACGUCAUUAGUCAAAAUAAAGGAAUUUUCGUUCAUAAGACGAUCGGUCCAAAAGGCGGGAAUUUGAAAAUAUCUGGUGUGUCUUUAGUGAUCCCUCCAAAUGCUUUAGAGGAAGACAAAUUUAUUUCUGUUGGGAUACUUUGGGACGAAAAGCUCGUGCCCACUCUUUCAAAGAAGCAAGCUUUGCUAAGUCCAAUUGUUUUAUGUCAUCCUAGUGGUCUUAAAUUUAAAUCACCAGUAACUUUGACCUUUCCGCACGCAGCGAUCAAGGUCACAUCGGACUGGAUUCCGAAAAUUCUUAAACGGGAAGGCGCAAUGAACGAGCAGAGUGACUGGGUACCGAUUACGUUGGCGGAUUAUGAAGAAAGAGAUGUCAACCAUAAUCAUAUCAGUUUAAAGCUAAACCAUUUCACACUUUACACGUGCACUGGAGAGUCAAAACCUGGAAAGACGGCAGCUAAACUUGUGCAUAUCGUGGCAUUUGCCGGAAAAUUACAAAGAGGCUCUUUCUUCAAACCAAGACUUUACUGCUUAAACAAGUACAAAGACGAACUAGAGGAAGUUGAAACGUUAGUGACUAAAAUGGACCCAAGUGUCAAGAUGUCAGACACGACUGAUUUAAUCGUACAUGACAACGAGCAGGAUGUUGUUGUAGAAAUGGCGAAGCUCUCUGACGAAUGGAAUCUGGCAGGGAGCAGAACAGAGGUAUUACCGUUCGAACAAUUGUGGCACGCCUUCCAUCCACACUGUACGUUCGUCAUGAAACCGAAGAAACCAACAGUUGCUGAUAUAGUUUGUGAAAUAGAAGCAUACCAAAAUGGUGCGGAAAACAACUCUGCAAAACUGAAAAUUGCCGAGAAGAUGUCACUGUCCAGUUCACCUUUAUCUUCACCGGACGAGGACCCACAAGAGCAACUUAUAAACGAGCUUGUAAUUUUGUUGGAUCCUCCAAACGAGGCAGGCACGGACGCGGGAGAUUGGAGAAAUCUCGCAGAGAAAAUGCAAUGCAGUCUUGCCAGAAUUAGGUGGCUAGGGACUCAGGAUAGCAAAACGCGCAUUCUAGUCGAGAAAUGGCUGGAUGAAGGAAAAACUUUCACAGAGUUAGAGCAAAUAAUGAGAGAUAUAAAUCGUAAAGACGCUGCUGAAGAAAUAAGAAAACGGUUCCCAGAUUUGGAGCUUAGCACAUAAUGUUGACCGCGCAAAAUGGUGCAAGUUCAACCGUAACUAAAGUGUGAGAAGUUUGCGGUCCUUAAAAAAUCUACAAAGUAUCUUUCCGCUCAGCAUCCCGUUAAAUUACUGCUUAUUGAUUCUAUUGAGUGCCUGAUCAUUACUAUCUAACAAUUUGCAGAAAGAAAAGGAAUGUUAAAAAAUAACUUCUUAGGAUAAACCAUAACUUAUGCAUUAGACAGUCUAUUAGACAGUAAAACGCAACAUACUGAAGUAAGGUGCCAUUAUGGAUAAAGGAAAUAAAUAAAAAAAUAUUUAGACCUUUAAAAUAUUUAGUCAUGUUAAGGUGGAGUUUAUGUAGUAGAAAACAAGACACAGACAAGUUAGCAGAAACGUUUGAUGUAUUACUAUACUGUACGCUGAAUUGAAUUGUCUUCGGGUCAUUUUUGAAGCGAGCGUCUAAGGUUGGUGGAAACUCUAGUAUCUAGCAACUGUUGUUCAUAAGUAUUUCGGACAUUUACUUGUAUUAAUUGUGUUAAAAACUGUUUGAUUGUGGGAAAAUUGAAGUGCAUAAUUAUAAUAAGAUUUUACUUUUAAGUGUUAAAGAAUGUAAACAUACGUAUAUGUAGUAUUUAACUGUAUAUAAAUGUCUACAUUUAAAAGGUAAAGAAAAAAAUGUGAGGAAAGAAAAUGAAAUGCUUUUAUAUUGGUAAUCAAGGUCGUGUCAACUGUUAGCAUGAUGUCAAAUUCAUCCUGAAUUGUAACCAAUCAAGACGUUGUAACUAACUGCUUUGAUCUUAGUAUAUUGCACACAUUAUUUCGGACUACCUUUGGUUCAUAAUAGUUCGCUAUCGGGCAUCGCUUAAACCUCUUUUUAUCAUUAUUUUCCAUGAAUAGUUAAGUGUUCGCGUUUUCAGCCGUCCAUUUGUCUGUAAGUAAGUCUGCCAAUUUAUUUUUACGUUACGGUUCCAUAUCUUGUACAUCAAUUGAAGAAUAUUUACGAAAGCUAGGUGGAACCUACAAUCGUUCAAAGCAACACAUGACAUAUGUUAAUUUUGUAACAUUUUAUGGUAUGAGCCAUUUGUUGUCUCUUGUAAUUUGUAAUUAUAUAUAGAAUGGAUGUCACGGGGCUAUUUGUUUAUUGCGGGUUCUUGUACAUAUGAGAUGGGCGCUGUAUAUGAGAUUUAUAUUAUUUGCGUCCUAUGACAUGGAUAUAAAAUGUAAAUGGAUGAAACUUUAAUAAAUUAUCUAAUCUAA